UAAUUAGCGGUUAAGAAAGUAACGCUACACUGAUAGCACGUCUCGGUGGGUCCUGUGUCGUAAAAGACUAAAUACAGGCAAGUUAGCUAAGCUAGAAGCGAGAGAUUGAGGCAGUUUAGCUGCACAGACGCUUCAGCACUCACUGACUGCUCUGUGACAGUAAAUAACCAUAUUUCGAGCAGAGAUCACUACAGUAACAGCAGGUCUUGUGUGCAGAGGGAAACGCGAGCUCUUCGACUCACUCGUUGAACUUGAAGGGAAUGAGGAGGAGGGCUGAAACCCACUGUUAUUUGCGGCAGAAAUAACUGUUAUUAUAGACUCAUUCAGAUGUUGUCGGUGGAAAGCCACGGAGAGUUCAUGAAAAGACGCUUACUAUCCCUCCAAGCCAUCAGUAGACUCCCUUUUUAAUGACAGACCCUUGUAAUAACCAUCCCGUCCUCCCAAGUCUGAAUUUCGUUCUGCUUUCACUGAGAUUUCAUCAGAGAUUUCGUCUUCAAAACAGAGCACUGACAGCUUCAUCACUGCUGUACCCAAUCCGUUUGUGAUUUCUACUCCAUUUGCAACGCUCCAGUCUCAUAUAAGUGGACUUACAGCUGGCACAGGCCCUGUACAGUUAGUACUCAACGGACUUGAGAAAUCCAUCUCCCACAAGACCGUCACGAUUCACAACUUGCUGCACGAUCCCACUAGAAACUAACCUCAGGUCUGUUACUAUUCAAAUUAUACUUUUGCUCCUUGGCACCAACUCUGUUUCUACCAGCCCCUCUGUGAAUCUCCAGAAGCGGCACAGUUAAACAAUGCACUACUGAAAGCUCUUCUGCUGUUUUAGUCUUGAUCCACGCUUGGAGGACCAGGAGCAGGUGCUUCUGAAAGCGUUCCAAGUGCCAAGAACCAUGAGUGUCCAGUGGGCAUUGUUUACAAUUGGUCUAGUCCACAGGAUGGGUGGACAGUAGGGACAGCGAGACGGUGGACUCAUGUCAUGGAAGGGGUUGUUGCAGUCGCAGUACAUACAGAGGGAUUGAAUGGUUAUCCACAAGAACGUAAACAGACAGAGGAUCUCACCAAGGGGCACCUCAAAUGCACAACUAUCCUAAAUGGACUGACUCCAGCUAAUGGCAUCAAAGACAAUGGCAGCUUGAAUGGCAACCCUUAUCUCAAAACUGUCCCAAUCUCAGCGCUGAAACAGAAUGGACUCUUACAGUCUCUGGCAGCAGGAGGCAAUCAGACUAAAACAGAAGAGGUGAGCUUGGAGGUGGAGCGAGCACAAGAGGAGUGGGAUGCCCUGGAGAGCAUCCAACCAGUUUUUGCUGAGGAUCUCACUCCAUCACCGCUGAUCUCCUUCAAUGAGGCUUUGCAGCAUUUUCAGACCUCCGAUCUUGGAGACUUGCUUAAGAACAUUCAGCCCACCAUUCCCAGGACUGGAUUGGCCGCCAUCACCCAUUUCCUGUUCGGUCCUCCACGGCUACACAAAGACCUUGUAGAGGAGAGAGACUUAGUGUUUGCCAUCGCACAGUGUUCUCUGGAUAAUGGCCAGUCAGUCCACAUGCGUGUACUCCAGACCAUCUACAGGAAGUUGACCUGCACUCGAGCUGACUGCCCUCGCUAUGGACCACACUGGGAGAACGUGGGCUUUCAAGGUGCAGACCCUGCUACAGAUCUGAGGGGAACUGGUUUUCUGGGCCUGAUGCACACGCUCUACUUCGUCAUGGACCCAGAGAUUCUACCCCUUGCUAGAGAAAUCUACAAACUCUCUCAGCAUCCAGUCCAGAAUUUUCCCUUCUGUGUGAUGUCAAUCAACAUGACGCGAAUUGCCCUGCAUGCUCUCAGGGAGGAAGUGCUGUCCAAGGAGUGUAACCGAAGGCAGCAGGUCGUGGCAGUGCUGAACGACUUUUAUGUUGCAACGUUCCUGUACCUCUAUCAGGUGUGGAAGAGCCAGCAGAAAACCAUCUCUGACUCCGGCCAUGUACUCAAAGAAGUUGAGCUCUUCGCUAAGAAGAACCCCAAGCAGAUUCUCAAACGUCUCGAAGGUUACCUGAAGGAGAGACGUGACGGGACAGGACACCGAACAUCACCUGACUCACUAUCGUAUAGCAACCCUUCACCUGGUGACACUGGGUCUCGAGCAGGGAGUCAGGGCGGGAAGGAGGACAAAGAGAUGAACUUCACCGGAGUGUGUGAGCUGCCACCUGAGAUGGAGGGCGAGGCGAGACUCAUCUGAGAGACCGAGAGGGAUUCGAUUUGUACAGUCUCAGCUAUCUCUUGUGCUCGAAGUUUGUUGUUCUCUCCGUUUCUUUGUUUCUUUUCUGUCCUUUCAUGCUUAAGUACACUCAGAGACAAGUCUGUGUUGUAACUGUAGUCGCUUAAAAUAUAAAACUAUUUGCUGUCUUUUUUCUGUUAGAGUACCUAUUGGCUCUUCUAUGAAAAAGACUAAAUUUAGUUGCCAAGUUGAAAAGGAGAAUCUCAAAAUUAACUGGCUCAGUGGCAGCAGUUGUUUUGAACUUGUCAAAAAGAAAGAGACGCAGUUUACAGGCCUCAAGGGUGUGCAGUUGGAGAGGAGAUGGCUGCAGAAGCCAGCCAGCACCUUACCCACUAAUGUGGAAUUGAGUGAGAGUGACUUCCUGUGUGUGAUGGCCUGACUGUUUAGACAUGUAUUUGAUGGACACUAGUCUAUCGAAAGCCUUGUGAUCCUCGUGGUCGUUCGGACAUGUUCACUGUGAUGGAGUCCGUGUUCAAGGAAGUUGGCAGAGUUUAUAUUGAUGUUGGCUCUUUACUCUGCACUAUUGAUAAAAAUGGAAUGUGGUACCAAAACUUUGGAGGGAACUAGCCUCAAUAGGCCAACGUUUUUAGAGAGAUAAAUGUCACAAUAUGAUUCAGACUGUUUGACAUGUUUCUGUUGGCAGGAACGCUUCAACAAGAGCCUGAGGUUGUAAAGUCGAGGCAUAUUUUUGAUGGGAAAGUGCAUUUUAGUGACCAGUAGACCAAAUCUAUUGAUGUUUGAAUAUCUAUUUUGCAGUUCAGUUACAAGUCUAACGUUGUUACUUGUGAGUUUUUUCUUUUAACUGAAAUAGCCGCUAAAUUUAUUUAACUAUUUGAGCUUAAAUUAGGGCAGUAAUCAAAAUUGUAAUGUUAUAUUUGGAGGUGUAGUUAUGAUUGUGUGCAUGAAGCAAAUCCUACAUGUUUCCUUUAAUGAUAGCAAGUAGAUUCCAGUUUUAAGUGGUCAUAACAUGACUAUGAACAUGUUGUGGACGAGAGUGAGGAUGAUCUCAUGAUGUAAAAGAUUUGCUGGAUCAUUUCUGGGGGCCAGUUGCAUAAACUUAGCCUCUGUGUUAAGACGGUGUCUUAAAAACUAGUCUGACCAACUAGCAGUUAGCCGAGCGGUCUUAUUUUUUGGAUUCAACAUAGACAAAUCUAAGUUUUUAUGUAACAGAAUUAAAUGCAUAUGACCAGUCUUAAAGAAAAAAAACUGAAGACUAACUUGUAAGACUAAUGUAAGUAUUUUAUGCAACCGGUCCCUGGUAUCCCGGACGAGCCCCCGAUUUAUGUUCUGAAUGCUGUUAUGCCAGAAAUAGUCCUAAAAAAUUGUUACUGGUUACUUGUUAAGAUAUCACAUUGUUAAGAUGUCUACUAGCUUGUCCUGAGAAAAAUAGAUGGUGCAUUUUAAUCUGUUGGAUAGUGAUUAGAUUGUUACAUCUCCCAGAAGCACUUUUAGCAAUGAAAGUGUGUAAACAUAUUAAGGAUAAUUGUGUCUACAAGACAUGGCUUAAAUAAAACAUUAGCCAGGAAGCUGCAGGUCAUUUAUACAUGAAGUUAUAUAUAACCUAAAAAAUUUUUCCUUCAAAGUUGCACAAGACACGUUAAAAACUUCUUGUUAACUUCCUGCAUUGAACAAACAGCAUUCAAAUAGAAGUGUGAGACCAGUUUAUAGUGUAGUCAAGUUAACAGUGAGACUUGUUGAUUUAACCUAGAAUAUUUUGUUUGCUGUCAAGACAAAUCAUGUCAGUGCAGAAAAUAUUUGAGAAUUUGAUGUAUUUUUGUAAUUUGCGUCUUGUUAUCCCUAGUCCAGGUCCAAUAAAGAUGAGGGUUGCACCUAGGGUUGCAAAGGGGUGGAAAAAUUUCCGUAAACUUAAAAAAAAAAAAUCCCUGGAAUAUUCCAAAAAAUCCUGGAAAGUUUCCAAAAUUUCUGGAAUGUUUCAGAAAUUUACUGGACAUUUUCCACCUUUUUGCAACCCUAGUUGCAACAGUCAUUUAAAUUGAUGGUGACCUACUGUACAUUUGGAAAAAAAAUCUUGAUGGGAAAAGUCUUUUUUCUUUCCCUUGGCAACCCUAUUCUGCACUCUCGUCUUGUUAGCAUGUUAGGUAGCGCUAGAGAUGUAGCAUCCAGGAAAUUGUUGUUUUAAUUCCUUGUUGAAAAAGCUUGUAAAUCUAACUUCGUAUGGUUGCAUAUGUUCGUCUAAGUUACCUAGUCCAAAGUGUUGUUGUACAAUACGAGUACAGUGUGUUCUGUAUGUUUCAGGUUUAAUUUCACGCUCUUAUUUUAUUCUUUUGUAGUUUUUAUUUUUCCUAAACGACACAUUAAUAUAAAUACUCAGUGGAUGUAUAUUAGAAGUCCUGUCACUUUAGCCAAUUUAAUUUUAUAUAAAGCAGAGUAGUAUUUUAUAAACUUGAACAAGAGCAAAGCAUGAUGGAAAAUGAAUGUUUCUAUACAAAGGCAAAUCACCUUUUCCCGGGUUAUUUACUAGUUCGGUUGGUUUGUAUUUAGUUUGGAUAAGCAGGUUCGACACUUUCAUAGUCCGUCUGUAUAUUUGAGUGAACUCAGUUUAGUUCAGUUCUGUUGUUAACUCCACAGCAAGCAUUAAUGUAAAGUUUCAUACCCAGUGUUUUGUGAUCCACAUUGACCUGCUGAAAGCAACGUUAACACUAAGAAAGAGUGAAUUUUGAUGUUGCAUAGUAGUACGUCAGCUGAUUUCAGUGUCCGAUUACCUGAGACACGGUGGAAAGCACACAUUUAUUUCCUUCUGUUUUAGGAUCAUUUAAGCUGUUGUGUGCAGUUACUUCUCAAAAGUGUGUUUCUGUUAUGUUUACUAGUUGCUUAUGAACAAUCAUACUUACAAAUCGAGCAAUCAUCCAUAACCCUGACCAUGAUAUUAGCCUGGUUUGGCACCUUUUUGUGUAUAUUUGUGCACAAUUAGUUGCUAAGUGGUUGUUUUGCUGUUUUAUUUUUAAAGGAGAGGGUGGUCUGUAUGUGAGAUGACUAUUAAAGUGUGUGUAUAUAUAUAUAAAUAUAUAUAAGAAAUGAUUGUAAGAGUAUGAUUGUUACCGGGGCAUAUUAUGCAUACCUCAGGCUUCAGGCAAAUCUCUUCUGGGCAGACGUUUUAUUGAGGACAGCCAUGAUCCCAUGUCGUAGCACAAAAUGGUGUGGUGUCUCUUGCAGUAAUCUACCUAGCUUGGGAAUGUACUGUAUGUAUAUGUAUGUACACUAAUGCAGCACUGCAAAAUAUUGACUUCUACAGUAUAUAUUUCUAUAGCCCAUGUUUGUGAAAACUGUAGUCUUACACGCUGAAAUGCAACAGAACCUUCGCUGGAGAAUGUUUUUAACAAUCUUAAUGGUUUGCCGUCAAAGCAAAUCAGACGGAUUUGUGGCCUUUGGUAUUUGCUGUGCUUUUGUGAGUGGAUUUUUGCAGUUAGAGUAUGUCAAAAACGAUUCACUCUACUAUGGCACAAUGUAACGAUAUUUGUUUGGACCAAAAGGAGCAUUUGUGGGUUUGAAGCUGGUUUGAAGCUCGAGGUCUUUUAACGAAAGAUCUUGCCAUCCUUGUAUAUUAGGAUCUUUCUGUUUGAUUUUCCCAGUGAGCAUUCCACCAUACUUCAUCUGUCUGGCCCACAAAUGCUGAAAUGUAUUUCUGGAUAAAACACAAACCCACGUGUCAGAUUUGGUUUAUUGAGUUGACCUGAAUCAAAUUACAAAUAUCCUGCACUUCAUUUAAUGAUGCACCGUUAUUGUCUGUUUGAUCCUUCAGAGCAUUUUAUUAUAUCUGAAACUUGAUUGUAGAAUCCCUAUUUUAUAAUGAAAAUAUAUUUCAGAAUAUAUGCGGUGGUACAGUGAUGUAUCGUAUGAAAAGUAAUAAAUAAAUGCAACUUAAAAAAUA